GUCGCAUUACCGUUCCCGACACCUAGGCUCUGGUGCGCAUGGGCAUUGCCGACUUAUUCUUCGGCCGAGCUGACCUCACAAACUUCAAGUCCGACGGCGGCCUCCAAGCCACGGACAUCAUCCACAAGGCAGUGGUGGAAGUGGACGAAGAAGGCGCUGAAGCAGCAGCGGCCACAGCAAUUUUUGUUGCGUUUUCGGCGAUAGCUAUUCCACCCCCGCUCGUCUGCUUCACCUGCGACCGCCCCUUCCUCUUUCUCAUCCGGGACAAUGAUAUCGACAAUAUCCUCUUCAUUGGGGCUUAUAGGCAGCCCUAAAUUGCAUAUCUGCAGCCUUCUUCUCCUUCUCCAUUUUCCAUUUCUUCUCCUUUAUUUCUCCCUUUUCUCAAUCGU